CAAAAUGGCGAAUGACGCGGUGAUAGUCAUAUCAGCUUUGACCGCUGGUCUUGCCUUUGUAUAUUAUCGUUUGCGUUGUUAUUUUGCUGGAGGAGUAUGUACGAAUACUGUCUCGAUGAAAGGGAAGACUGUGAUCAUCACUGGAGCGAAUACAGGGCUCGGUAAAGAAACUGCCCUUGAGCUCGCUCGACGUGAAGCAAGGGUUAUCCUCGCUUGCAGGAGUCUUGAAAAAGGACAAAAAGCUGCCGACGAAAUCCGUGCAAAGGUCAGAGAUGCAACAGUUGUCGUGAAGAGUCUUGAUCUGUCGUCUCUGGAGUCAGUCCGUACGUUUGCAGGCGAAAUUUUAAAGGAGGAAGUGAGGCUGGAUGUCCUGAUAAACAAUGCUGGAGUCUACAUGGACCCUCCUGUGCCCAAAACCCAAGAUGGUUUUGAGAUGCAUUUUGGUGUAAACCACCUUGGGCAUUUUUUGUUGACAAAUUUGUUAUUAGAUCUGCUCGAGAAAUCAUCUCCAAGCAGGAUUGUCGUUGUGUCAUCAAGCUUGGCUAAAAGGGCUUCUAUUGAUUUUGACAAUAUUCACGGAGAGAAAGGUCACGAAAAACCUGGAAGAGGAUACCGCAUGAAAGGUCCCUAUGCUCAAAGCAAACUGGCAAACAUGCUUUUUGCUCACGAGUUAAACAAAAGGCUUCCUGAUGGUGUAACUGUCAAUUCACUGUGUCCUGGAUUAUGUUGGACAGAACUUCAUCGCAACUCAAAACUAAGUUUGCUGAAAAAAUUGUUCCUGUACCCAAUUGCCACAGUAGUGACAAAGAGACCAUGGGAAGGAGCUCAGACAAUUGUUUACUGUGCAACUGAGGAAAAGUUAAAACAAGUUUCUGGAGCAAUCUUUGCUGACUGUGAUGUGAAAGAAUUCCCUCCUAAUACCAGGGAUGAUGGAGUGGCAAGGAAACUUUGGGAACUGAGUGAAAAUUUGACUCAGAAGGGAGAAUAAUGUUACUUCACUGGUUUGCAUUGACUUAAAAACAGUAACCUUCUUAAACAUUAGUUUCUAUAAAAGCCAGACAAUGGCGGUCUACUGCCACCUGUAAGACCUCUUACCACGGUUUGUUUAGCCUGCCAGCAGGUUCUGUGUUUAGGGUUUGCCUUACAGUAAAGCCACCCUUACAUCAUCAACAGCCGCUCAUGGGGAAAGUUAUUGAGACACCUUCUAAAGGCCAGUGUAACUGAAGCUAAAACUGAAUGUUUGACAUGUUAAGAUGUGAAGUGGUUAGUAUGUUAAUGUAAGAAAAUAAAUGAAAACAGAUUUGGGCA